CCCAUGGAAUCCCUAGACGUCUCUCUCUGUCCAAAUUCACCUCCCCGCAUCCCCAAAUUUCCUGUUCUGCUUCCAAGGAAUCAUUCCCCGGCGAUAACACGCCAAGCACUUUUUGUAUCAUAGAAGAGCCGGAGACGGUGCAGGACUUUGUGCAGAUGCAACUACAGGAAAUUUAGGACAACAUAAGAAGCCGGCACAACAAGAUUUUUCUUCUCAUGGAAGAGCUAAGGAGAUUGCGGGUGCAGCAACGGAUAAAGAUGGCGAGAGAUAUGGAUGAGGCUUGUGAGGAAGAGUCAAAUGAGAUGCCUGACAUUCCAUCCACUAUCCCUUUUCUCCCUCAUAUGACACCAAAGACGUUGAAGCAGCUCUACCUCACAAGCUUAUCUAUGAUAUCUAGUGUAAUUGUAUUUGGGGGUCUCAUUGCGCCAUCGUUGGAACUAAAAUUAGGUAUAGGAGGUACCUCGUAUGAAGAUUUCAUUCGUAGCAUGCAUCUGCCUUUACAAUUAAGUCAGGUUGAUCCUAUUGUGGCAUCCUUCUCCGGUGGGGCAGUGGGUGUCAUUUCAGCAUUGAUGUUGAUUGAAGCUAAUAAUGUUGAGCAGCAAGAGAAGAAAAGGUGCAAAUAUUGCCAUGGAACUGGGUACUUGGCCUGUGCUAGAUGUUCUGCAAGUGGAGUGUGCUUGAACAUCAAUCCUAUAUCAGCAUCUAGUGCAUCAGACCAACCUUUGCGAGUGCCCACAACUGAGAGGUGCCCAAAUUGCUCUGGUGCUGGAAAGGUCAUGUGCCCGACAUGCCUGUGCACUGGGAUGAUGAUGGCAAGCGAGCAUGACCCGCGGAUUGAUCCAUUUGACUAAAGCAAACCAGAUGAAUAACUUAGCGGUGUUAUCUCCUCGUUGAUGCAGCUCGGGAAUAUUUUCCAUUCCG